GCGGCGGUGAAGGAGGGCGACCGCGUGCCCGAAGCCGUCCUCCAGCACUUCGACUCCGAGGGCGAGCUCAGAAAAGUGUCCACCGCGGAGCUGUGCGGCGACGGCAAGACCGUCGUGCUCUUCGCCGUCCCCGGCGCGUUCACGCCCACGUGCUCGCUGAAGCACCUCCCCGGGUUCAUCAAGCUCGCGGACGAGAUGAAAGACGCGGGCGCGGACGACGUCGUCUGCGUCUCCGUGAACGACGCGUUCGUGAUGCGGGCCUGGGAGAAAUCAGGCGCGUUCGGUUCCGGGCGUGUGCUGCUUCUCGCGGACGGGAGCUGCCUCUUCACGCGCGCGAUGGACGCGGAGCUGGACCUGAACGAGAAGGGGUUGGGCGUUCGGAGCCGUCGGUACGCUAUGAUCGUCGAGGACGGCGUCAUCGCGCAUCUGAGCAUGGAAGAGGGCGGCGAGUUGAACGUCAGCAACGCGGAGCAUAUUUUACAUCUGCUCGAGGCGGACGCGCAGUAG